ACGUCAAUGCGAGGUUGGUUUAGCCCUUUGUACAGUGUGUUAGCCUCCUGUGCUCUAAGUAAGUUGCCUCUCACAGUAGCGGCACAAUGAAUGAAUUGUGAUCAUUGACAACACAUGGAUCCCACAUAGCACGUCCCAGCUCUGACCUCACUGUGAUUGAAAACUCCUGCCAUCAGUAACCUCCUCAUGUGCAUCAUCUUCUUGAAGUUUGACCCUCGGCCUGCAUCCAAAAAUGCCUACAGGCUUAUUCUGGCUGCUAACAGAGAUGAGGUCUACAGCAGACCGUCCAAAGCUGCAGACUUCUGGGGCAGCAACAAUGAGUUCCUCAGCGGUCUGGACCUGGAAGAGGGAAAAGAAGGCGGAUCAUGGCUGGGAAUUAGCAAACGAGGGAAACUGGCCGCACUGACCAAUUACCUGGAAGCACGGCAAAAUCCAGAUGCUAUGGGGAGAGGUUUCCUGGUGUCCAACUAUUUGACAGAUAACUUGGACAGUUUCGCGUACCUCCGUAAAGUGUCUUCAGAAGCUCAUUUAUAUAAUGGCUUCAAUCUCCUUACUGCUGACUUCAGGGCCAAUGAAGACACAUUGUGUUACUAUGGAAACAAGGGCAGUUCAGAGCCCAUUCAUCUCAAAGCAGGAAUCUAUGGGUUGAGUAACUCUCUUCUGGAAACUCCGUGGAGAAAACUGCAGCAAGGCAAACGGUUGUUCACCAGUGUAUUGAACAAAACACUGUCCCCUGAUGGCUUAAUGCAGGAACUGCUCCAUAUACUCAAUAAUGAGGAGCUAAACACCCCAGACCUCGAACAGGAGAGUCAAGGUGUAGGCUUCAGUAAGGCCAUACUCCAAGCUCUGUCUGCAGUGUGUGUGCGCUCACCAGGAUACGGCACAAGGACCAAUACAGUCAUCCUCAUCGACCGAGAAGGAAACGUGAGCUUUACGGAGCGCACCAUGCUGAACUGUGACAUUACUAUACUGGGAUGUGACUGA